CAUUGCAUUUGUUUUUUAUUCGCGUUCUAUUUUUGUGUGUGACGGAUCGUCCGGCGAGAAAAAAUAAUUAUUUUCCUAAAAUUCGCACAUUGCUAGAUUUUCCGGCUAAUUAUCCAAAAUGCAGAAUGGCGGGGAUGCUCCGGCGGCAGUAGAUACCGCCAAACCUACAACCCCAGAAGAGAUCACGAAGCAGUCCUUCCGUGUGAAAGUAUGGAGACACCUGGAGAGCAACGGCCUGGCCAUGUUCCCCCGGCCGGUCUACAACCGGAUCCCCAACUUCAAGGGAGCCCCGGAGGCUGCGGCCAAGCUGGCCGAGCUUGAUGUGUUCAAGAAUGCUGACACCGUGAAGGUUAACCCGGAUAAGCCUCAGGAGUCUGUCAGGGUAUUCGCCCUGGAACAACAGAAGACUCUCUACGUGCCGGUGCCGCGUCUCCAGACCGGAUUCCUCAACCGUCUGGAGCUGCCCGAGGGAGAGACCGGCCCCGCUGCCAUCAGGAAGGCUGUGUCUAGGAACGGCAUGGAGACUUAUGGGAAGCCUGUUGGCAUUGAGGAGAGCGGCGUGUCUCUGGACCUGGUGGUGAUGGGGUCCGUGGCCGUCUCCAAGGAGGGGUACCGCAUCGGGAAGGGCAAAGGUUACGGAGACCUGGAGUUUGGCCUCAUGAUGCACAUGAAGGCCAUCAAGCCGAGCACCGUCGUGGUCACCACCGUGCACGACAGCCAGGUGUUCGACACGCUGCCAGCUGAGCUGUUUGGGCCGCACGACGUGCCUAUCGACAUCAUCAUUACUCCCACCCAGGUGAUAGAAACGCAACGCAUGUCGCAGCGUCCGACCGGCAUCCUGUGGCACCUGCUGUCGUCGCGCCGCCUCGCGCUCAUGCCCGUGCUGGGGCAACUGCGGGACACCGACAUGCUGAGCGGUCGCGCGUGCCCUCUCAAAGAAGUGGACACGGAUGUAGAAGAGAGAGCGCAACAAGCCAGACAGAGACGGCUGCGGCGACGCACGCGCUCGCACAAGAGCCAGAGCGAGGGAGAGGGCGGCAACACAACGGAAGGCGAAAACGCUAAAGGCGAUGGCAAGCCGCGCCGCGUGAACCGCCGCCGCAACAGCCACAAGUCUGCGAGCAAAGACAAGGACGGCACCGAACCCGCUACCCCCAGCAAGCCGAGGCGCAAGCAGAAGCCGAGGCAGGAGAUUGAUUUCUCUGUCAAGAUCUCCAACAUCAGCCCCAGCACUCGGGUGCGCGACUUGAAGCAAGCCCUCACGGAGCGCGGCGUCAAACCGCAAGCCAUGAUAUGGAAGGGAUUCCGCGGAUAUUGCUACCUGCACUUCUUCAAGGCUGGACCACAGAAGGGCGAAGGCGACACGGCCGCCGCCGGCAGCAUCGACCAAGUGAUCGCGCAACUGCAAGAGAUGUCUGUGGGCGGCGACUCCGCGGACGAGAAGCCUCGGCUACUGAGCGUGGAGCCGGCGCCGCCGCGCGCGCCCCGCGACCAGCCCGUGGACCAGCCCGCCGACUGAAGGUCCAGCCCUUCCCCAUAAGCCAAAGCGAUCACUAAUUCUCAUCGAUAUUUUUGAUAACAAACAUCUAUUUUUAUCGUUUAUAUUAGAAAUCGUAAAACACUCGCGUAAUACAUUGCUUGCUUUUAAACUGCACGCGCGGACUGGCGGGCUUCCGUCGCAUUCCGACUCUUAUUAACUUAGUGGUUAAGGUUGAUUUUUCUUUGUGCUGGCCCACAGAUUGUACGAAUGGCCGAUUUCGGUUGCUUGCCGACGCGAUAUUAUUCGAGUUUUAGGACUUUUUUCGCAUUUUUGUUUGGAUUUCGUCGUUAGUAAAGACGAGAUCAUUAGAAAUAGUCGUUUUUAUUUUUCUCCUAGCGCCGUGGCAGGCAGCCGAUUGGUCAAAUUUGAACCGAAUUAGCGAUUCGAUUUUGUUUUCGUUCGACAUUUCGCUCGAUGGUUUUUUGUUUAUUUCGUUUGCAUCGGGCUAGCUGUUCACGUGAUGUGAUAAGAUUAAAAUGUCACUGGAAUCUGGUUCGUGUCUGCAUGAUGCGUAAAGCCUAUUUUACAAUGCAAUUUGCGGUGUUGUUAUAAAAUAAGCUCUCUCUCUAUUUGCUAUGGUCCAAAUUCCGCCUGAUAGUUUUGUCUUAUCGAAGUCACGGUAUUGAAAGAGUGAUCUAUUUAAAAAAUAUACUUUGAACAAACGUCUUGUUUCGUUCUCUAGUCUAAUAUUAGUUGUAAUUUUGAAAAGUUUGGCUCUAGUAUAUUGUGAAACUACAACCUACAUUUAAAUGUUUGUACCUAUUAUGUGGUAGCAAAAGUUUAAACGUAGGUCUUAUUGUUGUAAGGCCUCAUUCACUGUAUCUCAUUUUAUGUAUAACUUUGUUUUUAAUUCCAUAUUAAAUUCAGAUAUAUUUAAGCAUUUUCCAAUGUUUACAAAAACAUAUAUUUUAGUGUAAAAUACCUAGUUAAAACUGAUAAAGAAAGAGAAAAAUGUAUAUUUUUAUAUGGGUGCUUGAUUGAUAAAAGAUCGGAAUUCCAAAACAAACUUCUUUUGAAACCUGAACACGGAUUUGAAGCUAUGUAGAAAAUAUGCCUGUAUUGCUAUAAUCAGCAAAUCAUUCGUAAUUGUAUUGUUUCUUUCAAUGGAUGCAGAUGAGGGGUAUAGAUAUCUGCCAUUUUAAUCUAUCUACUGCAGAUCAUAAUAAUAAAGCAUUAUGGACCUCCCUCAUCUUACUUAGAUCAUUUAUUUACGCUAGGCAUAGUAGUUUGGAUUAAUUAUUAAAAUAUUUGGUUCAUUUUGAACUAUUUUGGAAUUCCGCUCUAGCUCGAAAAUGUUCUUUGUUAGUGCCAACAUUUAGAAAUAUAUUUAUAAACCAGAUUUGUCAUUUUAACUGCCUUUUUUGAAACUAAUUCAUAUCUCUGUGAGUUUGGUAGCUAUUGUAAGAAUGUCAAAGUAAGGUUACUUUUUCAGUAUUAGGUUAUGUAUAAUUUAAGACUCGAAAAGUAAUAUAUUAUAACUGACAAGAUUUAAUAUAUUAAUGACUAAUAAUUGUUAGAUUGUGUGGAUGUUGUAUCCACGGUUAGUGUAUUGGCUUUAUGGAGAAAAUAAGAUAUAUUCAUUAUACUAGUAUUUUAAAUUACAUAUAAACAUUGGAUCUAUUUUUUGAAAUGUUUAGUUUAUUCGGCUGCAUAAUAUUAUAUAAUAUGUAACGUGGUAAUUUAUACAAUGUUACUUAUCUUUGGUCAUCGCUGGUUGUGUAGUGGUUCGCACACCUUACUUUUAAUUUAACUGCAAUAAAAGUAUCUUUUAAUAUACAUAGAGACAUAAUAUUUAUGUAUAUAACUUGUUAUCUCGUAAACCUGUUUAUAUUGUAUUUUCUUAUAACGUUUGAGAUAGGCAAGCAUGGAUAGCGCGUUUUUCUUUUUUGUUUUUUUAUAUUUUUUAAUAAAUUUUAAACACUU